CAUAAAAAUAACGUUUAGGGGGUGUGUGCCGCCUGCUUUGAGCUUCUCUCAGAUAUUACUGACUGAAGACUGAGAUUUUACUGUUGAAGACCAUGAUUGCUCAGCCAUGGACCAGAUCAUCUUUAAUCAUGAUAGUGUGCUGUCAGAUGUUCACAUGCUCUGUCCCAACACACGUCACCUCAUGACGCGCCUCAACAGUGUUGGACAGCCUGUGUUCACCUCUAAAUUUGAGAUUUUGUCCGAUGCUGAAAGGCACGGCAAAAAAGAGUCUCCGACGACAGAAAACUGUGACACUGAGACACGAGUCCAGCUACGGAAAGAUGGCGAAGGAGGUGGCGAAGAGACUGUUGAAUCUGGAUUGGACGAGGAUGGAGAUUUUGACAUUGCACAUCGACCGAGGAAGAAAAGUACGGAAGAGUGCCACCGAGACGUUACCUGUCCUGUCAUUCUAAAACAGUCAAACGUGUCAACUCUACUACAAGAAUUUGAUACAGACGAUGAAGCUGAUGACGGCUGUGAUGACUUUAUACGAAUCGAGCAUACUAUGGCAACGCCCCUGGAGGAUGUUGGCAAACAGGUUUGGAGAGGGGCUUUCCUUAUGGCUGACUUCCUCCUCUCUAACCCACUCAUGUUCAAAGCGGCGACAGCUGUAGACCUCGGAGCUGGAACUGGUUUAACCAGCAUCAUCAUGGCCACCGUAGCUAAACGAGUCUACUGUACAGAUGUUGGAGAUGACCUUUUAAGCAUGUGUCAGAAAAAUAUAACAUUAAAUGAAAACAUGAUCGAGCGUGCAGGUGGUGAAGUGAAAGUGCGACAGUUGGAUUGGCUGAAGUCAGAACUUUGCACAGAUUCUGAUGUUGAAUUUAGCUGGACAGAGGAGGAAGUUGCGGACAUACAUGACAAUGCUAGCUUCAUCAUUGCUGCGGAUGUUUGCUACGAUGAUGAUCUGACAGAUGGCCUGUUUCGCACACUUUAUAGGCUGUGCAAUAACUUUUUCCAUGCCUGCACCAUUUUCAUCUCUAUUGAGAAAAGGUUGAACUUCACCCUGCGAGAAAUGGAUGUGUCCUGUGAGGCCUACAACCAUUUCCGGCACUGCCUGUACCAACUUGAGGACACGGUGGACGGACAAUGCAAAUACACUGUUGAACAGCUCCCUUGUACCUUCCCCCAGUUUCUUCAGUACGAACGCAUAGAGCACCUGGAGCUAUGGAAGGUGACUGUCAAUAGAGUCCCCUCUGAAAAAACCGAGGCUUCUCAGCAGCUCACAUCUUGACCUGCACUCUCUGCAUCUGCAUCGAUUUUCCAACCUCCUGCACCACUAUCCUCUCCAAAGAACUUUCUCCAAUGUCCCAAGUUUUGUUCCUGGGUAUUUGCAUCUGCCACAUCACACUUCACUCUUCAAAUAUUGCGGCUUCACUACAUUGCUGAUUUUUUUUAAAGCAUAUUCGACAUUUUUCUCACCUAAAUUAAGUGUCAAGUUAA